CCUUUCUGCCCCCAGAGCUGCAGAGAACGGCGCUUCUCCCCCCGUCCCAGAAGCUGCCCGGUGCCGGGGGCACUGAGGGGGGUUUGGAGGUUUUGCGGCCGGGGUCUCGGUGCCACAGCAGCCCCCGGAGCCGCGCUGAGAACCGCAGGGCUCCGCUCUGCUCCCCAGCCGCGAUCCCAGCUGCGCCGCCAUGACGCAGGCGGAGAUAAAGCUGUGCUCCCUGCUGCUGCGAGAGCAUUUCGGGGAGAUCGUGGAGAAGGUGGGGACGUACCUGGUGAGGACGGGCAGCCAGCCGCUGCGGGCCGUCUGCGCCGACACCGGGCUGGCGUUGGACCAGGUGAGGAAGGCGCUGUGCGUCCUCAUCCAGCACAACCUGGCCGCCUACCAGCUGCAGAAGCGCGGCUGCGUGGAGUACGAGGCUCGGUGCCGCCGGGUGCUGCGCAUCCUGCGCUACCCGCGCUACAUCUACACCGCCAAGGCGCUGUACGGCGACACCGGGGAGCUGCUGGUGGAGGAGCUGCUCCUCAACGGCAAAAUGACGCUGAGCGCCGUGGUGAGGAAGGUGGCGGAUCGGCUGACGGAGACCAUGGAAGGUGGGCGCCGCCGCCCUGCGUGCGGGGACCUGGUGAGGGUGGAGGCUGGCGGUGCGGAGCUCUGCCUCCGGGUCCGGGCUCCAAAAGGCGGGGAGCUUCUGGGAAGGGUCCAGCGGAGGGCCGCAAAAUGGGGAAGGGGCUGCAGCGUCUCCUUAUGGAGAGAGGCUGAGCGAAGCGGGGCUGUUGGGCCUUGUCUGUCCGUCCGUCCCGCAGUGUCUGUCCGUCCGUCCCGCAGUGUCUGUCCGUCCGUCCCGCAGUGUCUGUCCGUCCGUCCCGCGGCCGCUCGCAGUCUCUCAGUGCCGCUGAUUCUCCUCCCGCAGAUUUUCCGUGCGCUGCCGCCGGGUUACAACAUCACAAAGGCCGUGCUGGAGCAGUGCCUGGCGCUGAUGGCCGACGACCCGCUGCAGUUUGUGGCAAAAUCCGGGGACAGCGGCGGCGGCACCUACAGCGUCA